AAUUGCUUUACAGUUCGGGACAUAGCACUGCUCAGACGUGCAAUAUUGAGCAAUAUUCUAAAAGCUGUGAGGUGCAGAAAAAUAUUAUUUCGAAGUUUCUGUAUUUGCAGAAAUAUGUGAAAACGUGAAACAACACGAGUAAGCUCUGAAAUAUGCGAAAAGUAUCUGACUGCGUUAAUCCCCCCUUGCUCUACUGCUGCUCCUUGUUAUUGCUUCAGAAUUUUGGUAUUGACUGCCUGGAAUCAAAAGUGUUGUGCGUGUUUUUUACUGUCAAGCAAUAGUGGUAUGCUGUUUUUACUACGCGUCAACAGAGUGUCAUCGCGCAAGUUGACGUACUGCGUCGCGCUUAUGUAAAGAAAACAAUUUGUAGAAGCACGCUGAAGUGGCUCUCAUGCUUGAGUUUGCAAGGAGACCAAAUCUAGACAUCUUUCCCUGGAGACUUAAAGCCACAGGUGCUUUGGUUGCUCGUGCUCUCUCGACAACGGAGUGGAAGUGUGCAAAAGGCAGUGAAGUUUCUCGACGUUGCCGGCAGCAGCUGUUUGAUGGAGGCCUGGUCGUGGUGGCGAGACUGGUGGCGGCUGAAGAAGUGGAGAAACAAGGACAAUGAACUUGCGUACUGGGAAUAUGGCGACCUGUCGGAGCUGUGCUGCGAUGAGGCUGGCGCAGGCGUGGGCGCGGGGGUGGAUGAGGGCAAGCAGGUGGUGGUGGGGGUGUGCGCCAUGGCCAAGAAGUCGCAGUCAAAGCCCAUGAAGGAGAUCCUCACACGGCUGGAGGAGUUUGAGUACCUCAAGAUGGUGGUUUUCCCAGAAGAGGUUAUUCUGAAAAAACCUGUAGAAGAGUGGCCGAUCUGCGAUUGUCUGAUCUCAUUUCAUUCCAAAGGCUUUCCUUUGGAUAAGGCAAUUCAGUAUGCAACUCUUCGUUCACCAUUUAUAAUCAACAAUCUUCAUAUGCAGUAUGAUAUUCAGGAUCGAAGGAAAGUGUAUUCUAUUUUGGAAGGAGAAGGCAUUGAAAUACCAAGAUAUGCAGUUUUAGAUCGUGAUUCUCCAGACCCAAGACAUCAUGAGUUAGUGGAGUCCGAAGAUCAUGUGGAAGUGAAUGGAGUAGUUUUCAAUAAACCUUUUGUUGAGAAACCUGUUUCUGCCGAAGAUCAUAAUAUCUAUAUUUAUUAUCCAACCUCUGCCGGAGGUGGUAGCCAAAGACUGUUUCGAAAGAUUGGAAGUCGAAGCAGUGUGUACUCCCCAGAGUCUAGAGUGAGGAAAACUGGCUCUUUCAUUUAUGAAGAUUUUAUGCCAACUGAUGGUACAGAUGUCAAGGUUUACACUGUUGGCCCAGAUUACGCUCAUGCUGAAGCCCGUAAAUCUCCUGCUCUUGAUGGGAAAGUAGAACGUGAUUCAGAAGGAAAAGAAAUUAGAUACCCUGUCAUCCUGUCUAAUGCAGAGAAGUUAAUUUCACGCAAAGUCUGUUUAGCGUUUAAGCAGACUGUAUGUGGCUUUGAUCUUUUGAGGGCAAAUGGAAAAUCAUUUGUAUGUGAUGUGAAUGGCUUCAGUUUUGUUAAAAAUUCAAACAAGUAUUAUGAUGACUGUGCGAAGAUCUUGGGUAAUAUGAUCCUGAGAGAACUUGCACCAACUUUACACAUUCCAUGGUCCGUACCAUUUCAGUUGGAUGAUCCUCCUAUUGUACCAACAACAUUUGGAAAAAUGUAAGUGCAGAUAUAAAUAU